CAGAAGCACUCUGCACUAUGCCUCUGAAGCAGGUGCUGUAAUAAUCGGGACACGGCGCACUGCACCGUACCGUACGCACCUCUCCCGUCCUCCUGACUUGCUUGCACGAAACGCUGCAGAGUCAGGCUCUCACCUUCUUCACCUAUACUGCUGCUCUCUCCUACCUCACACCAGCUCAGCUUCCGCCUUCUUGCUUCGCCUCCACCAGCCAGCCAACCCAGCGACCCAGCCCCUUCCUCCCUGCCGGUUUGUUUAUUCUAUCUACCUAGGUCCCCCGUUCGCGCGUUACGCCUCACCGGACCGCCGGCGAGCUAGCCACCGCCCACCGGGAGCGAAUGCUGGAGCUCUAGCGUAGCGCUCCCCAUGACGAGGAAGCAUCCGCCGCCGGCGCACCGCCACAGGUGGAUGCGCUCGAUGCUGCUCGCGCUCCCGCUCCUCUCCCUCCCUCUCCUCUACGCCGCGCUCGGGACGGCGCGCUCGUCGUCGUCGUCGUCUUCGCCGCCCCCUCCUCUGGCGGCGCGGCUGGGGAGACAGCAGCAGCCCCUGCUGCCGCCGCCGAGGCUGGCGUACCUCAUCUCGGGCGGCCCCGGCGACGGCCCGCGGAUCCGGCGGCUGCUUCGGGCGCUGUACCACCCCUGGAACUACUACCUCGUGGGUGUUACUGGGGAGGAGGAGCGCGCGGAUCUCGAGGCGUUCGUGCGCGGCGAGGAGGCGCCCCGGCGGUACGGCAACGUGCGGGUGGCGGCGCCGGGGGAGUGGGCCGCGGUGUCGCGGCGGGGCCCCACGGAGCUGGCCGCUACGCUCCACGGCGCCGCCCUGCUGCUCAAGGAGUUCGAGGGGUGGAGUUGGUUCAUCAAUCUCAGCGCCUCUGACUACCCGCUCAUGCCCCAAGAUGACAUCCUUCAUAUCUUCUCAUAUCUCCCAAGAGAUCUGAACUUUAUUGAUCACACAAGCAAUAUUGGUUGGAGGGAGCAGCAAAGGGCAAGACCAAUCAUUGUAGAUCCAGCAUUGCAGAUCUCAAAUAAAACUGAGGUUGUGACUACAAAGGAGAAAAGGAGCCUGCCUUCAGCUUUCAAAAUAUUUGUAGGUUCAUCAUGGGUAAUACUGAGUCGAUCAUUCCUGGAAUUUUGCAUAUUGGGAUGGGACAACCUUCCUCGCACAUUACUCAUGUAUUUCGCCAACUUCUUGUCAUCCUCGGAGGGAUACUUCCACACAGUGAUCUGCAACUCAAAGUACUACCAGAACACAACUGUUAACAGUGAUGUCCGUUUCAUGGCAUGGGACAACCCCCCUCGGACGCACCCUGCUAACCUGACAACUGAGUAUUUUGAUGCAAUGGCCAACAGCGGGUUGCCGUUUGCACACUCGUUCACAGAUGACAACCCAGUCCUGGAUAUGAUUGAUGCCAAGCUAUUGAGGCGAGCGCCUGACCACUUCACACCGGGUGGAUGGUGCUUGGGCAGCACGGUAGGUGACAAAGACCCAUGCACCUUCUUCGGAAGGUCAUUUGUUCUCAGGCCAACGAGUGGCUCAGGGAAGCUAGAGAAAUUGUUAUUGAAACUUUUGGAACCUGAUAAUUUCAGGCCUAAACAGUGUAUAUAAAACACUCUUUGUUACACGUAGCCAGUUCAUAGUAUUUUGGUAGGGUUUCAGGGGCAAAA